AUGAAAACAAUUAAAAUCAAGAUGAAUAAUUUAUUUUCCUUACCAUAAAAUUGCUUAAGGAUUUAGAAUAAGGAAACCAGCUCCUCUGGUGUCAAAAUCUCUUAAAAUACAGUUAGAUAUGUGUAUGAUUUCAGAUUGGGCAAAAAGAUUUGUAGUGGGUCAUUUGAAGAUGUGUUUAUGGGAUUUAUUUAGGGUAAAUUUAUUGUUGUAAAAUAAAUAGAUGGGAGGUUACAGUCAAUAAGAAUCAAAUUAAUUAAUGGAUAAAGAGUUAAUGAAUUAUUUUAAAUAUAAUAAUAAUAUAAUAUUAUGGGUAUAUGA